UGUGCAUGCAGAUAAAAUACCAUAAUCUUUGUAAAAUUCGAAUAAAAAUGUUAAUUUAAAUAUAGGUAAAUAUAUAGGACUAAGAAAUAAAAAUGUAAACGAAAUGAUUAUCUUCGCCAGCCAAAUUGCACGGGUUUUCCGAUCCUCUUCUCACCAUCCCUUGAGUUGUGAAAAGAGAAGUGGAUCAGAGACACUUGGCUAGCGAAGAUGAUAAGUAGGAUACCGCGUUUGAUUAAUUGAAAAAUUGGUUAAAAGCUUACUUCCUUCUUGACUCCUGUGUCGAUAGAAAUUGAUCCUUGUUCUAUGAUAGCCUAAAUAUUAGUAAAAUCAAGUGUCGCAUAGUAAAAGUGUCGUAUAUAAAAGAAACGCUUGCUUCCUUGUUCUAUGCACAUCAACACCAAAACAAGUUUGAUAUAAACAUGGGGACAUUAUGGCCUAUCUUGUCGGUACUUUCAUUGUUUUUUCUUCAGUUAGUGUCUCUUGGACAAGGACUCACAGUAACCAUAAACCCGAAUAAAAACAUCUUUUACUCAGAAAUGGGUGGAAAGCCCACAGAUUACAUCACCUGCGAAUCUGACUGCCAUGCUUCCUGGAAAUGCACAUACAAAUGGUAUUAUAUUGAUGGAAAUGUAAAAUAUUUUACAACUGGAAAGAUUUUAUUCAGAGACAAAACCAUAGUAGAAAAUACAACAUUCCAAUGCUAUGUAGAACAAUCAAAGAAUAUAUAUAACUGGAGUCACAGAAUCGAAAUCAUCGUAAAUGAAUCUCCAGCUCUUGACACUGAUGUUGGAAUAGACUUGUCUGGCAACAACUCUGAAACAACUUCCACCGAAAAAAAAUAUGGACCCAGAAAUGUGAGCAUUUAUUCAACUGACCUUGAAGAUGUGUGGGAAGGAACAGGAUACGUCAACCUCACAUGUAGAGCAGACUGUAAUCCAGGGUGUGCUAGAUAUCAAAUUUACCACGAUGAACGAGUCCUCUCCAACACAAGCACGACAUCCAUUACAAAACAUCGAAAAAAUUCCGGAAAAUACAGUUGUGGGGCAUAUGAUGUUAUGUCGGGGGAAUUCGUCAGAUCUGCUGAAGUAGAUAUUGAUAUCAAAUAUGGACCCACCAAUGUUAAACUGAAUUCCUCAAGCAACCUUAAGGAUUUGUGGGAAGGAACAGGAAACGUCAACCUCACAUGUAGAGCAGACUGCAAUCCACCAUGUGCUAGAUAUCAAAUUUACCACGAUGAACGAGUCCCCUCCGAAACAAACGUGACGUCUAUUACAACAGAUCGAAACAACUCCGGAAAAUACAUUUGUGGGGCAUAUGAUGUUAGGUCAAGAAGAUAUAUCAAAUCUGCUGAAGUAGAUAUUGUUAUCAAAUAUGGACCUAACAAUGUGAUUCUUGAACGAUCAAGUAACACUGAAAAUUUGUUGGAGGGCAAUGGAACCUUCAUGCUCACCUGCAAAGCAGACUGUAAUCCACAAUGUAAUAAUUAUAAAUUUUACCACAAUGGACAAGCCCUCCGGAUCAGAACCCAAACAAACAUAGCAUACAUUACAAAAGACCGAAGAAACUCCGGAAAAUAUAGUUGUGGGGCAUAUGAUGUUAAGUCUAGAAGAUAUGAAAAAUCUGCUGAAGUAGAUAUUGAUAUCAAAUAUAAGACAGUUUCCUUAUCAUCAACUGAGAAAGAAAUGUCACUAAGUGUAAACCAUUAUUUACCAUCAAAUGUAGUUUGCACUAUUGAGUGCAAUUUCUUGUGUGAUUCUGACAUUACAGUUACAAAGAAUUCGAUGACAUACAGGAUAAUUAAGUCGAAUCAGAGUAUAUUUAACAAUAAAAAAGCCAUUCCUUCAGAUAGUGGAGUUUAUAGGUGUUCAUCCGGUACAUCCCACUCUGAAGACGACUUCGAAUUGAACAUUUUAUAUGGUCCUAGAAACAUCAAGAUUACGAACUCUGAAGGAAAAGUUCAAUCCGAAGUUAUUUUGACGGAAAAUCAUUCUGAAAAAUAUAGAUUAAGAUGUUCGUUUGAUUGCAGUCGACAUUGUAAAAUAUCAUGGUAUAAGGAUGGCAGAAUUUUAGACAAAGAGAAAGGGCAAGACUUGAGUAUUAGAAUGGAUAGAUAUAAAUCUGGAACCUAUGAAUGUGAGGCUGAUGGAGUUGAAGGAAAACUAUAUUCUAACACAGUGAACAUAACAGUCCAAUACCCGCCUGGGACUGUUGUAAUAAAACCAAGCAACUAUCCUUUCUACACUAAACGCUAUGGAAGACCUCUAACUAAAAUUACAUGUGAUGCGGACUGUUUACCAAAGUGUGACUACGAAUGGUAUGAAAUAAAGAGGUGGAGGUGGUGGUCCGUCGAGGAAGUUUUAUUAACUAGAGGCACUGUGUUAAAUACAUACGGGAAUUUCACGAAGAUAUUUUCUCGACUUCGAUGUGCUGCAAUUAAUUCAUUUGGAAAGAAAUACAGUAGAUUGAUAUAUGUGCGAAUCAAAGAUGGGCCUGAUUCAGUCAGCAUUUAUGCAGAAAGUUCAGAAGCAAGAGAAAAUCAACCGUUUGAACUGCAAUGUUCCGCUCGUUGUUAUCAUGGAUGUUUAUCCUAUACAUGGCUUCACAAGAAAAAUGAAAUUCAUAACGGAACAAAUCUAAAAUUCGAUAACCUCUUGAGAACAAAUAAUGGUGAAUAUACUUGCAAGGUUGAAGACUACUUUGGGACAACUUCAAAAAAUUAUUUUAUAAAAGUGCAAUUUGGUCCAACAAAUGUAACAAUCAAGUAUACUAACACUGACGGACAUUUAGUGGAAAACAUAUUUGGAAAUGUAGAUGUAACUUGCCAAGCAGAUUGCAAUCCAGCAUGUUUUUACACGUUUUACCGCAACGGUCAGCAAAUAAGAAAUCGGUUGGGAGGUCUGCUGAUUUGGAAAACGAAAGAAAAUUCAGGGCGGUACAGUUGCUCAGCAAAUAACUCUUUUAGUGGACCCAUAAAUUCCAGUAACUUUGUAGACAUACUUAUAAAGUAUAAACCAAAAAUUACAAGAUUUGAAAUAACUCCAACAGACAUCACUGUCCCCGGCUUAAUCAGCUUGAACUUUGAGGUAGAUAGUUUUCCACCAGCAAAUGUGACAAUUGUUUUCAACAAAAAGAUGUUGAGGUUUGCUAAUGUGACGGGUAUGGAAUCGUCCAAAAUAGAGAUCACAUCUUGUCUAGAUGAAGGAGAUGUCAAAAUAAUUGCUAAAAAUAACAUCGGAUCUGACAUCGACACCAAAAGAAUUACUACUAAGUGCUCUCCUAUGAUCCUCACGUAUUCAAAUGUCUCAAACAAAGGAUAUAACAUUGGUGAUCCGUUGAACUUGACGACAACUUUUAUGGCAAAUCCAGCUCCAGGUGUUUCGUGGAGCUUUACGUCCUACAAAUCAAGAAACAUGUCACAGAAAGUUGAGGAAAACCUGAUACUCAACAAAGAGAAGAUGACAAGUAUUAUUGUCGAUAAACUAGAUGUAGACAAAUUCGGAAUCUAUCAACUAAAACUGGUAAAUGAUAUUGGAAAUGAAACAAUAUCAUUCAGCAUCAAAGGUCUACCACAACCAUCAACUGAUCUGACCUUGGACUGUCUUAGUGCAGCUUUUUUGGAAUGGAAACCUGGAUUUGACGGGGGAACGGAUCAAAGUUUUCUUAUAGAAUACACAACAAAUAUAUCCUCACCAUGGCUCCCGCAACCGCUGCUGUCUAUAGCUUCUAAGGAUAACGACCGAAUGUCUACUUAUGUAACUUUGAUGAACCCAAACGACCGCUAUUUUUUUCGUGUUAUUUCAGAAAACGUUUUUGGAAGAGUUAUUUCGGAUAAGAUCGUCAACUGCACUGUUCAAGCUGUUGGAGGUGAAGAAAGUUCCCUAAGCCUUGACACCAUUGCUGGAAUCAGUGGUGGGUUGGUUCUGAUUUUGGUGGCUGUUAUAGUCCUUGUGCUUUUCGGAGUCAAGAAAUAUCAAAAUCAAAUCAGAAAAGAUUGCAGGAUGGGCAUGAUUGAGAAUACCUUAUAUAUCAGUGGUGACAACGUAAAUAAUUCUACAAUAUUGUCCUCAAAAUAUCCACAGAAUGAUGCCGUUAACACGGAAAGCAGGAAUGACGUUUACUCAGUUGUUAAAAAAACUGAGAAGAUUGAACCUGACUUCCCCAUGUACGCUGAAGUCUGUAAAUCCCGACCAGUAAAGGAUAAACCAGAAAUAAAGAAAAAACCAGCAAAGAAGACUAAAAAUAGCACGGGCAAAACCGUCAACAAAGAUGGACUGGUUUACGUGGAAAUCGAUUUGAAAAACACGCCAGCUUUAAGCGGGAAUUCCGUCAUUCAUGGAUCGGACAACAAGACGCUGUAUGUUGACAUUGAUUUUACCCAGCAUGCCGACCCACUUCCGGAGUGUGACGUAGAGGACACUAACGACGCCAAUGAAAACGAAAAGAAAUCACAACAGGAAUAAAGUAGCACGAGAUAAACGUCAACUUAGACACUGAAAUUUACUGUCGAUUGCUGUAAAACUCUACAAUUGAUAAGUAAAAUAGUCAUAAAAACAUGUAAAAAGUGUCACUUUGAUAAUGUUAAGUAUUUUUAGCUUGCUUCAACGGAUUUUGAAAGUUUCUGAAAAAGACGUCUAUGUUCCAUGUAAAUGAUAUUGGAUCAGAUUUUUUUCAAGCAUUUUUAUGUUCUAUAUUGAUCAGAUAUGCAUAGUUGAUGUUUUGUAAAUUUAAGAAGAUACUGUACUUAUGUAAAUGAGACCAAAUUUAAUAAUGUUUAGAAGCAGGUUAAACUUUUUGAAGCAUGUC